AUGGAUGCAGUUACUAGCACAAAAACUUCAUCUCAAGAAGUGCCAAAUGCUGAAUGUCCUUUUUGGCAGUAUGUGACUAAAGUAGAAAAACCACCUAGUGCUACCAGACAGGAAGGGAGUGAUAGUACAAAUCCGGUUGAUGGUAAGAGGAGGAAGGUGACUGGGAUUUCUCCUAUUGAGAAAGCAUUCCAGAAUACUGCUAGACAUGAAUUGGAUAGUAGAAUUGUUAGGAUGUUUUACACUGGUGGGCUUCCAUUUAACUUUGCAAGGAACCCAUAUUAUCGUAAUUCCUAUGCAUAUGAUGCUACCCAUAGCAUCCCAAGUUAUGUUCCUCUUGGAUACAAUGCCUUGAGAACAACACUUUUACAAAAAGAAAGAGCUCAUGUUGAAAGACUCUUAAAACCAAUUAAGGACUCUUGGCUUGAAAAUGGUGUAAGCAUAGUUUUUAAUAGAUGGUCAGACCCACAAAGGAGGCCUCUUAUUAAUAUUAUGGCUGUAUCAAAUGGGGGUCCAGUGUUUAUAAAGGCAAUUAAUGGGUCAGGUGAGUUCAAAGACAAACAUUAUAUUGCUGGGGUGUUGAAGGAUGCUAUAAAAGAGAUUGGACAUGAAAAAGUUGUCCAAGUCAUCACUGAUAAUGCUAAUGUGAUGAAGUCUAUUGGAGCUCUUAUUGAAGGUGAGUAUCCUAAAAUAUUUUGGACACCCUGUGUUGUCCACACUCUCAAUCUAGCUUUGAAGAAUAUUUGUGCAGCAAAAAACACUGAAAAGAAUGAAGUUACAUAUGAGGAAUGUAGUUGGAUUACACGUAUUGCUAAUGAUGCAUCCUUCAUACGUGUUUUUAUUAUGAACCAUUCAAUGAGGUUGGCAAUGUUUAAUGAAUUUAGUCCAUUAAAACUACUCCAAGUUGCUGAUACUAGAUUUGCUUCGAUUGUUGUAAUGUUGAAAAGGUUGAAGUUGAUAAAAAGAUGCCUUCAAGCCAUGGCUAUUAGUGAGCAAUGGGCUUCUUAUAGGGAGGAUGAUGUUGGAAAAGCUCUAAAGGUAAAAGAUAUGAUUCUAAGUGAUCUUUGGUGGGAUAAAGUUGAUUAUAUCCUAGAAUUCACAACACCUAUUUAUGAUAUGCUACAAGUAGCCGACACAGAUAAGCCUUAUUUUCAUCUUAUGUAUGAGAUGUGGGAUUCAAUGAUAGAGAAGGUGAAGGCAGCAAUAUGUCAGCACGAAGGCUUGAAAGAUGAUGAGUAUAGCUCAUUUUGGAGUGUGGUGUAUGAUAUACUCAUUGAUCGAUGGACUAAAAAUUGUACACCACUACAUUGCUUGGCUCAUUCCUUAAAUCCUAAGUAUUACUCCAUUGAAUGGCUUUCGAAGAAUCCAAAACGCAUCUCUCCACAUCGGGAUCAUGAAAUUUCUAUAGAAAGGAGCAAAUGUUUGGAUCGAUACUUUGAAGAUGAGAGUGAAUUAAAGGUGGUGAAGUUUGAGUUUGCUGCAUUUUCAGAGGGAGGUUUCCUUCACCAGCUGCCUUGA